CUGCGUUAUGGUGUAAAAUAUCAAAUUAAGUUCUAGUGAGAAGUGCCAGUACAAGCAGUGUUCGUUUUACUAUAGUUAUUAAUACCUGAACGGUCAAAUGCGACGCGACUGAUGUGUACGUGUUGCCACCUAGCGGUAAUGUGUGUUAGUAGUUAAAGUUUGUAGGCAGUCAGACCGAUUGAGGUGCGACUUAAUCGAUGAACAGACGUUUAGUAUUUUUCAUGUGGGCCACGCUGUAUUCGAAGUGUUGCGAAAAGGAUCGGGUGGGUAGGCCUGCUACAUGAUAAUAGUGUGAAGAUGUCAAAUCCUCUGCCAAUGUUGAACGGCGAUAAGACUGCUGUCGGUGAUUUUUCGACAGAUCCAUCAGUGAACAUGGUCGCUGCCAUACGCGAUCAUAUAUCGUGUACGAAGCCCGUUCAAGUGGACAAUUUUGUUACUGAAGACACCAAAGCUGGUAUAAUAUAUCCCUGUGAUUUCGACCAUAUGUAUGCGAGUUUGACUGAGGGAACUGUUGUCCAAAGGGAAAAUCUGGAAGUCAAACAUUUGAAGGAUCUUUUGCUGUUGCACCUCGAUCUCAUACAACAACAAUCGGAACAAUUGGUAACGAAGGAUAAACAAAUUUCAUCGUUGCGUCAAGAAAAUGAAACGCUCCGGCAAAGGUUGGAGCGCAUGGACCGUCGUGUUAACCUUCACAAACAACGAGAUGGGUUAAUGCCACCUGUAGAUAAUAUUGCUGAGCGUUCCCCUCCUGUGCCAUCAUUUGAAAGUACAUUUGUCGUUCCCAAGUUGGAACCAAAUGUGCUGCCUUCCUCGCCAGAAUCGGUGGUGUCGGCACCGGUCCCAGCUGUUCGGCAACAUUUCUACCGCCCGGGUACGCCCUUCCCAGGCAGAAUAGAGUACCGUGAAGAACCGAGAUACUCGCCACCGCUGCAGCACCGUGAAGUUGUGGUGACGAGAGAGAAUGGGGUGCCCAGUGCGAACGCUACACUCGCGGUGGCGCCUCCCGCUGCCUGCGAGGCAGAGGAGGAGCCGCCAAAGCGGAGGAGGACGGACGAGGGCGAACCUUCACCGAGGGUGCCCUCUCCCACAGGGCAUCCGUCAUCUCUCGGUGGGGAGCGUGUAUCAGACACUGCACUCGACUCUGACGGAGCGACGCCACACCGCGAUAGUUCUGAGACCUCUCACACAGACGACUGUCAGCGUAUGGGCCGGGGCACAGCUGCGUGGGUGUCAUGUGCUGGGAGGCGACGACGACGUCUCCACUUUCGCCAUGGACGCUCAAAUGAAAGCGAGAGCUCGGCUGUGUCGCAACCUCACUCGCCUACCCGCAGCGGGUCGGGCGAUUCGCGACACCCGAGUCGCGGACGGGGACGGCGGGCACUUCGCGUUCAACACAGGGGCCGCACGGCAGGGGGGAGGAGACGGCGCAGGUCUGGGGAUGCGUUCAAGGAUGUCCUGUCGACAGACAGAGCAUACUGGACAACAAUUGGAGAGCUGUCAUCGGCGCUCAGAUUGCACGAAGGCCUCGGCACGGACUGCACCACUGUGGAGGUCCCUAGUUGGAGGCACAAGGUUUACACGAGCUGCUACGCAAUGGAGGGCACCGAGAACUUGGAUGAUGAGGUUUUCAGCAAACGUCAUCAGCGCUAUGAGAGUGACGAACGACGCCGGAAAAGGUGGGACGUGCAGCGUAUCCGCGAGCAGCGCCACGUGGAAAAGUUGAGGCAGCAGGAGGCGGCACGCGCUGUGUCCGCCCCCAUCGGUCGCGCGUCUGGCGGGCACCGCCGCAGUGACGACAAUCCCCUCGCAUCGCUGUGGCCGUCACCGGAGGAUGUCACUUAUGUGGAGAUUGGCGAAAAGCUGCCUGUUGCUGCAUUUGGAGCCCCUGUUAUCAACUUCCACCCCAAUGAGUUCUCACUACCGUGGAAGUGGCGGCCAGGUGUCCCAGAGAAGAUGCUGCGUAGGAGACACCACGGGCCCUACACGAACCGAGACGGAGUGCCGCACCAGGGCCGCGAGGGCGGAGGUGGAGGCGGCACAAAGCGCUAAGGCCAGGUGCGGAGCUGUCACUACAGCUCGCCAGAGAUCUCAGUUCGCGCACCCAGCUGCGGCUGUGGGUGCGGAACCUACACCACCCGUCCCGUGGGGGGCGCCCGACUGUUAUCGGAGUAGCUUUAACUGGUGACAAAAUGAACUGUGGACUCUCGAUUCGGAACACUGUGAAAAAAAUUAUAAAAAUUAUAUGUGUGUUUGUGUGUAUAUGUGUGUGUGAGAGAGGACAGAGUGAGUGGAUGUAUACUUUUGUUUGAAUGCGGGUACAAAAUGUUGCACACUUUAACAAUAUUUGUGAUCAAAGAAUAGUGGAAAGUUAAUAAAAUCUUCCUUUGUAUAUA